AUGAAGACUCGUCUUAAAGCAUUGGGAGAUAAAAAGGAAGCACUUGAAAAAAUGGGAAAAUUACAUAAUGAGGCAGAGUAUGCUUCUAUAUGUUUUGAAUAUACUUGUGGGGUUACUUCAGCUGGACAGCAUAAUAUUAAAUUCGUUAAAAGUUUCGUUGAAGAUAAAGGAUUUAAAGUCAAAUAUGGAGAUACUGACUCCUUAUAUCUUGUCUGUCCGGAAGAAUAUUUCCAGGAAUGCGAUAUAGCAUAUAAUAAUGGAAAUGGUAUCUCAAGAGAGGAUUACUGGUCUCAAAUGGUAAAAAUAUCUAUGGAAGUGAUGGCAAACCUCCGUAAUGAA